AUGCAUGGCCUUAACGAGCAGAAGAGCGCACUCAGUGCCUUUGAGCCCAGGAAGGCCAAUGAGAAGGCCACUCGGAGAGGGGGCGUGAUUGGCGAUAUGCCAGAGCCUUAUCUGCAAGCUGAAAAUGUGUAUCUUGUCUUGUCUUCGAGGCCUGCUGGAGCCAUUUAA